AUGAUAAUUUAAAUGCAGAAUUAAAAAAAGAAAAAUAAGAAUUUAACAAUCUGCAAAAGGAGAUGUAGAAUUAACUUAAACAAAAAGAUGAGUUAUUAGAUGCUGCCAAUAAAACUUUAUCAGAAAUAAAAAAAGAAAACUAAAAUUUAAACAGUUAGAAAGAUAAAAUUCUCGAAUCAAUAAAAUUAAAAUCAUCAAAAUAUAAACAACUUAAAUAAAAAUGUCAUGAUACAUAAAGUUAAAAUGAUAAACUUUAAUAGUCAUUAGAUGAUUUGUCUAGAUAAUCCCAAGAAUUUAAAUAAUAAGUCAUUUAAUAGUAAGAAAGAAUUAAAUUAAUCAUAGAAGAAAACGAAAGAUUCUAGAAUCAACUUUAAGUGGUAUCUCGAGGACCAUAAAGUAUCAAAGAAUUUUAGACUGUUUCUUAUAACCAGUAAAUAAACUUAUCUGAUCUCUUUAUGGAUAAACCAAAAAUCAAAGAUUUUUUCAAAUUUUAAUAUGAAGAAGGCAUGUAAAAAAAAACAGUAAGCUUAUUGUCAUACUCAAAAGGUUCAUCCUAAAUCCUAAGCUAGAUUUUAAAAAAGAAUAUCACUAAACAAAAAAACAAUGAAAAUGACCUCUUCAUCUAUAAUCACGAAGUUAACAAAAAACAAAGUUCCCUAUUUCUUAACACUAAAAAAAUGGGAUAACCAAUUACUUGCUAUAAAAGAAGUGAAAACAAUCAAUCAUUACAUUUCGAUGAAAAAGAAAUACAAAAUCGCUUAAUGA